AUGGCACAUUUUGAUGUUUCCUGUGGCGGUUGUAGAUCACUAAUAAUCGCACUGUUAAACUGUGUCUGUAUUGGUGUGAUGUGUGAUAAUUCUACAGACAAGACAGUGCUGAACGUCGCCCUUCUUGAUGGAUAUAACCCCAGCGUGCACCCAGGACACCACUAUUCAGCACAACUUCUUAAAAUGAAUGUCAGCUUCACGUUAAGGAAAAUCCAAACAUUUGAGGAAUUGACAAGCGCAUUUACCAUUACCGGAGUUUUGUCGAUAACUUGGUAUGACGAGCGAUUGGAGUGGAUCACCACUAAUUACAACAACUUAACUAUUACUCAUUUUAAACAGAAAGAAAUUUGGACUCCGCCAUUUGUCCUCAGCAACAGUUAUGACGGUAUUGACUUACUUGGAAAUGAUAAUAUGCACAUUGCUUUAACUUAUGCAGGGGUAGUUAAUUUGGCUAUUCCUGUAAAGCUGUCAUCUUCAUGUGAUGCUGACGUGACGUAUUACCCAUUUGACCAACAAACCUGUGAUUUGAUUCUGUUGCCAUGGGGAUACUCUAAUAAUCAAAUCCAGCUGAAUGCUAUCAGUUCGACACUUGACACGACACAAUACGCAGAGAAUCCAAUAUGGAAUCUCGUUAGCACUGUACAGCAGUCUUUUCAAACUCCAACUCUUGGUUUCCAAAUGGCAAUCACAUUUAAAAGGAAACCCUUAUUUUUCGUGGUGAAUUUUAUACUGCCGACCAUUUUAAUGUGCUUCAUCAACAUGUUGGUGUUCCUCCUGCCGGCGGAUUCCGGCGAGCGUGUUGGCUUUUCUGUUACAGUGUUACUCUCCAUAGCUGUUUUCCUGUCCAUCGUGUCCAGUUUUCUCCCCCAGACCUCCACUCCACAAAUGGCCCUACUCUGCUACAUGCUGAUUGCUCAUGUCAUAUUGAGUGUAAUGAUAAUGGUCUGCACAAUAUUUGGACUCCGGUUUUACUUACGAUCAGAGGAGCAGCGUGUGCCGAGAUGGAUAGCAAAAAUGACACGAUACGUUAACAAUGUAACAAAGCCGAACACAUCGAAUGUGUCUCCCACAUCUCAAAGCACUGUCUCUGUAAUAACAAAGAAGGAUGAGGAUGGCAUUGAUGACGGCAAACGUGUCACACCUGACACUGAAGUAUCCUGGAAACAUGUUGGUCAUGCCUUCGACAGUGUCUGUUUCGUGUUCUUCCUGGUGACUGCCUUACUAUGUAACGUUGUCGUUCUGGCUGUAAUAUCGGGUUAG